GAAAUCUGAGAAUAACCCUAAAAUCUUUUACAGUCCAAAACCUCAAAAGCAAGCCAUUGGGGCCCUUUUGGGCUUUGGCUACUGAGGUUUGAUGCCAUUGCAUUUGCACCUACGCAGCCCCCCCUUCCCUAUAUUCUCCUCUCUUCCACCAUUUCUGUUGUGGUCUCCUCAUGACCACGUUCACCCAUGACUCAACACAGCAACACUGCACCAUUUUCUUCUGAUCAAUCCCACACCAUCUUCAUGAACUCUUCACACUGUUAUCCUCACAUUCACUGCUCGAAAUGGUAAAGCCCCUCAAACCCAUAUUUCUCUAUUCCUUAAAUCCGCAUCGAAGGAGCAAGUUCAGGGGUUUUACUUAUCUGGGUCGUCUUCAAUUUACAUCAAAACCCGAUCUUUUUGAUCAAUCUGAGUCCAUACAAACAGAAGAAAGUAAGAGGCUUUUGUUUAUUGUUUCUAAGGUGUCGGAUAUUUUGUCUAAUCCGCGGCUGCAAUGGCAGACAAAUGGAGAGCUUCAGUCAUUGAGCUCCAUAUUAAGACCCCCACACGUGGCAAAACUCGUUGAGAUCCAUGAAAAUACUGAAGUAGCUUUGCAGUUUUUUUACUGGGUUUCUAAGAGGCAUUUUUACAAACAUGAUAGGAACUGUUAUGUUUCCAUGUUGAAUAGGCUUGUUUUUGACAAGAAAUUUGCUCCUGCUGAUCAUGUGAGGAUAUUGAUGAUCAAAGGUUGUAGAAACCAGGAGGAAAUGAAAUGGGUUAUUGAGUAUUUAAGUGAACUUAGCAGAAAAGGUCUUGGGUAUACUUUGUAUAGCUUUAAUACUUUGUUGAUUCAAUUGGGUAAGUUUGAGAUGGUUGAGGCAGCUAAGAGUGCUUAUCAAGAAAUCAUGAGCAGUGGAACGGUGCCAAGUUUAUUAACUUUUAACACUAUGAUAAACAUAUUGUGCAAGAAAGGGAGAGUUGAAGAGGCCAAGAUGAUAAUGAGUCAUAUUUAUCAGCGGGAAUUGAGUCCCGAUGUGUUUACAUAUACAUCUCUGAUUCUGGGUCAUUGUAGGAACAGGGACUUGGAUGCAGCAUUUGUGGUAUUUGAUCGGAUGGUUCAGGAUGGAAUAGAUCCGAAUGCAGCAACUUAUACUACUCUUAUAAAUGGACUUUGUUCGGAGGGGAGAGUCGAUGAGGCUAUGGAUAUGCUUGACGAGAUGAUUGAGAAAGGUAUUGAACCCACUGUGUAUACAUACACAGUUCCAGUUAGUUCCUUGUGUGCAGUUGGACGUGAGAAAGAGGCUGUUGAUCUUGUAGUGAACAUGAGAAAGAGGGGAUGUGAACCAAAUGUCCAGACAUAUACAGCUCUAAUUAGUGGACUGUCUCAAUCUGGACUCCUUGAAGUGGCAAUUGGAUUGUAUCACGACAUGUUGAGAAAAGGUUUGCUCCCAACUAUGGUUACAUUCAAUAUAUUGAUAACUGAAUUGUGUAGAGCAAAAAAUAUAGACAGAGCUUUUAAUAUUUUCCGUUGGAUUGAAGCACAUGGAUACAAACCCAACACUAUAACUUGCAAUGCACUGAUCCAUGGAUUAUGCUUGGUUGGGAAUAUUGAAAGGGCAAUGGUUUUACUCAGUGAAAUGCUAAAGGUGGGUCCGGCUCCAACAGUGAUUACUUAUAAUACCCUAAUUAAUGGCUACCUUAAACGGGGCUUUCUGGGCAAUGCUAUGAGACUGCUGGAUUUGAUGAAGAAUAGUGGAUGUAAAGCUGAUGAAUGGACUUAUGCCGAACUUAUUUCUGGUUUCUGCAAGAGGGGCAAGCUUGAUUUAGCUUCGGCUCUCUUUCAGGAAAUGAUAAAGAAUGGUUUAAGUCCAAACAAGGUAAACUAUACAGCUCUAAUUGAUGGUCUCUCGAAGGAAGAGAAAAUAGAUGAUGCACUUGCAUUACUUAAAAGGAUGGAAGAGAGUGGUUGCAGUCCAGGCAUUGAAACUUACAAUGCUAUCAUAAAUGGUUUGUCCAAAAAAAACAGGCUUUUGGAAGUAAAAAGACUAUGUAAUAAGCUGGCAGAAAGUGAACUGCUCCCAAAUGUAAUCACCUACUCAACUUUGAUUGAUGGUCUUUGUAGGAAUGGUGAAACUCAUCUUGCAUUUGAGAUUUUGCAUGAUAUGGAGAGAAGAAAUUGCAUGCCGAACCUGUACACUUACAGUUCGCUAAUCUAUGGCUUAUGUCUUGAAGGUCAGGCUGAUAAAGCAGAGAGCUUACUCAGAGAAAUGGAGAAAAAAGGAUUAGCUCCUGAUUAUGUGACUUAUACUUCACUAAUUGAUGGUUUUGUAGCAUUGGAUAAACUAGAUCAUGCACUUUUACUUCUUCACCAGAUGGUUGAUAAGGGUUGUCAACCAAAUUAUAGAACCUUUGGUGUAUUGUUGAAAGGAUUGCAAAAGGAACAUGAGUUGAUUUCAGGGAAGGUCUCCGUCAAGCGUGAAACAGUGUAUAGUAGCACAGCUAGCAAGAAGGAUGUUAGUAUUGAGCUGUUAUGUACUCUACUAAAUAGAAUGUCGGAAAUUGGUUGUGAGCCGAAUGAAGGCACAUAUUGCACUUUAAUUCUUGGUCUGUAUAGAGAUGGUAAAACUUAUGAGGCAGACCAGUUGAUUGAACAUAUGAGGGAGAAAGGCUUCAGUCCUACUAGUGCAGCAUAUUGCUCUCUUUUAGUUUCUUAUUGCAACAAUUUAAAAGUGGAUGCUGCUUUGGAAAUAUUUGAUUCAUUGAUUCAACAAGGUUUUCAACCUCCUUUGUCAAUUUAUCAAUCACUCAUUUGUGCUCUCUGUAGAAGUAGCCGACUACAAGAAGUUGAAGUGCUAUUUGAAAACAUGCUUGGGAAAAAGUGGAACAAUGAUGAGAUUGUUUGGACCAUCCUGAUUGAUGGUUUACUCAAGGAGAGAGAAUCUGAAUUGUGCAUGAAGCUUCUUCAUGUCAUGGAAUCCAAGAGCUGCAAUAUUAGUUUCCAGACAUAUGUCAUCUUGGCAAGAGAAUUGUCCAAACUAGAUGGUUAAUUAAUACGAGUCAAAUGAUUUUUUGAGAAUUGAUCUGCAGCUCCAGAAAGCAGAAAUAAAAGCAGCUGCGUGAAUGCUGGUAAGCGGAGUUGUUGCUGAGCUUCAUGAUGAAGGAACUGACCUUUUACAGGUCAAGUGCACAAGGCUUGAAGAAGUGAGUCUUGAAUUUUGCAUAUGAACAGUUUGUUCCGAUCAAGUGGAUGUUGUUGGAAAAGCUGGGAAACAUUGGCAGGGAUGAUUUUUUUUUGCCAGAAACUGGUAACUUUAGGCAGGGAUGGAAAUUGGUAGUUCAAAUUUCAUAAAAACUAUUUUUUGUUUUGAACAAAUAUGUCGAAACUGGAGGUAUUGGUAGUUCAAACUUCAGAUAUACAUGUUUGAAGUUUGGUCUUUGACAAGUCAAACUUUUGACGCAUAUGUCGGAUGUUUGCUUGCACAAGCAAUACCAAACUUCAGACAAAUUUGUAAUUUCAAACACGAUUUUUUGCAACUUCAGUCUGACGUGUCUGAACUUACAAAACUUUAUGAACUUAGGCUGUGGCUUCAAUGGGUAUCCCAAAAUUGGCUAUCUGUGCAAUUGCACCCAAAAAGUCGGAGUAGCAACUUUGGGAACAGAGGUUAAGGAUACGUUUUGAUAGUUGUCAAUUCUCACCGGCUGAUGGCAUUUUACAUGUCCAGCAAAGUAGGAAUCAGACCUGAAGGUAUUGGCUAGAGCAGCCAUAUUGAUUUUUUAACACAUACACCCCGGCCAAAAGGUUUCAUUUUUUCCCUCUUGUUUUUCUUCUCUAACACAAGAUUCAUUUUAUUAAACUAGAGUGCAGUCGAUUUUUGGAAUUAGCAUGUAGGUGUAACAGAGCAGUUUAUGUACAUAGAUCUUACUUGGCCUCUGAGUUGAAUACUUCAGAAAUACAUGGCAAUUGAUUUAGAGUUGAGAGGAUGUUGUAGUAUUUGUAUUGUUCAGUCAUAAUUGCAGAUAAUAA